UGCAAAACACUUGCGGCACUUGAUACCCUGGCUUUGAGCGAAUCGCUAACAGGGCUGCGGAUACCAGGGCAGAUGCAAAAGCCCGCAGACGCGACUCUUGCGCCGAUUUUUCACGCAUAAGUAGAGCGGGGGUUGAAUCAAUGUCGCCACUCCGUUGACGAUCGCAGGCAUCAUGGCCGCAACCCUCCACUGGCCGUGUCGCACGCUGUCGCAGUAUCGCUCAGAGCCGCUGUGUCGCACAGAGACGCAGUGUCGCACAGGAUCUUUAUGUCGCACGCGCUCGUCCUUGCUCCCCCGUAUUCCCCCGUUCCGCUCGUCUGUCGUCAGUCGACCCGCUACUAUCACCAGUCGACCUGCUAUCAUCAGUCGACCCGCUAUUGUCAGUCGACCCGCUAUUGUGAUCCUCGCUGCUAGCAAUGGUCGCAGACACCACCGCCGACGAGAGGCCGAGCCACAAAGACACGUGUCUGAUCGUGAUAGGGCGGCGGGAGAUAAGGCGGCUGCUGAGAGGCUGAUUGAGUCGGAGGGGAGGAGGCGGGCGGAAGGCGGAAGGGGUGGUAAGUCGCAGGGCACGGGGAGCGGCGGAGGGGGGAGCGGCGCAACGAGGAGCAGGAGUAGCGGAAGGGGAAAUGAGGAAGAGGACGUGUGGAGAAUGGAGCUGGAUCUCGGGCAGCUGAAAGAAAACGCGAUGCAAGCUGCUGCCCGGGUGAAAAGUUUGCGGGCUGAAGAUGUGAGGGAGAGGGUUGCUGAUGCGGUGCAAAGCGGUGGCAAACAGCUGCUGACGUCAGCUCAGAUGCUGAGGGAUCGAGCAUCUGAUAACGCUCGCCACACCCUCUCCUCCCUCACCUCCUGUGUCUCCGUCUCCCCCUCUGGCCGCAUCUCCCUCUCCCUCCGCCCCUCCUCUCUCCGCCCUCUCCUCCUCCUCGCCUCCCUCCUCUCCCUUCUCCUCCUCCGCUCCCGCAUCCUCCCCCUCCUCUCCUCCCUCCUCUCUCUCAUCCUCGCCCUUCCCCUCCUCUUCUUCCGCCUCCUAGGUUUCCGCUGGGCAGAGGGGGAUUUAAGCUGGGGGGAGUGGGGGUGGGGGCGGGGCGGGGGAAGGGGGAGGGGGAGGAGGGUGGUGCGGGACCGGUCAAUGGGGGGAAAGGAGGUGGUGGCGUCAGAGGGAUGGCGCAAGUGGUGGGAGGGCGUGGGUGGAGGGGGGGAGGGUGCUCGGGAGGGGGGGAAAGGGAUGGCUGUGAGAGAGGGGAGUGUGCGGAGGUGGAGGAGAGGAGGAGGGGGGCAGCAAAGAGGGGUGAGCCCGUUGGAUUUACCCGUCGAGAUUUCAAGGUCCGAGAGGGAGUUGAGGGAGAGGGGGCUGUUGGGAAAGGACGAGGGGAGUGGAGGGGGGAGGGGGCGAGCGUCGGGAAGGCAGGAGGAGCCGGAGUGGUGGCGGGAGGGAUGCAGCGCCGCAGCGGUGCUGGCGUCAUCUGCCUCGGAGGCGGCAUCCGUUGCAGGAGCAGGGAGAGCAGCAGGGGGUGGAGCUUGGAGCGUGGCGAGGGAGGGCGGUGAGGAGGCGAAUCUCGUAGUGCAACGCAUGAUGAGUCUGCGGCUGCUGGGGCAAGACUUCACCCCAUCUGAUAUUCUUCAGGGGGCAGCAAGGAAGCCAUGAUGGUAGCGGCUAGGCUAGGGUUUCUGAAAACGUGA